CUGUACUUAUGUAGCUCACUUCUAGUCUAUUGAGCUGAGCUGCGGAGUAAUAAAUGCAGAUUUGAGCCAGUGUGGUCGCAGUGCCAGCAUUCAGGAGGAGCAGGAGGAGCUGAUAGCGAAGCAGCUUUAGCCAUCCUUGUGCCGGGAGAACGAGAGAACGCGCUGACCUGAGCCACGCUGAGGUGAGGACAGACAGCGGGAGGGGACCUCGAGGGCCGAGCACCAUGGAAGAGUUUAAAGUUCAGACUGCCAAGCACCCCGUCCCAAACAACACGCCCCUGCGGCCUCCAAGUGAGCAUUCGAAAGAGCGUGCCAAGCGUCUAUCAACAGACUCAAACGGAACGAGUGACGGAGGCGCAGGAGCCAAAACACCGGUGGAACUCACAGCGCUGGAGGAGGCCUUCCGGCGCUUCGCCAUCCACGGAGACACACGAGCCACAGGGAAGGAACUGCAUGGCAAGAACUGGUCCAAGCUGUGCAAGGACUGCGGUGUCAUAGACGGCAAAACAAUCACUCUCACGGACGUGGACAUAGUCUUCUCCAAAGUCAAGAAUAAAUCUAGCCGCACCAUCACGUAUUGCCAGUUCAAGGAGGCCCUCUCCGAGCUGGCCAGGAAGCGCUUCAAAGACAAAACCAGCGAGGAGGCGGCAGAGGAGGUGUUCAAGAUGAUAGAAGGGAAAUCGCCAAUUAUAGCUGGAGUCACGAGGGCCGUGGCGUCCCCCACCGUGUCGCGGCUGACAGACACCAGCAAGUUCACAGGCUCCCACAAGGAGCGUUUCGACGAGACGGGCCGUGGGAAGGGCAAGGCAGGCCGGGUCGACAUGGUUGACACAUCCGGCUACGUCUCGGGAUACAAACACGCGGGCUCGUACGAAAAGAAAAUGCAAGGCAAACCCCAACAGAAACCCAUGUGAGAGAUUUCCCUGAUCCACAAAUGAACAAAACAGGAAAAAAAAAAAAAAUAAGCACAACAGGAUAGCAUUUUCCAUUACCGGUCGAGGGUAUGUUUAUAUCUGUUUUUGUUCUUCUGUGAAUGAGAUCCGUUUUCUGUUCCUUUUCCUAUGCUGUCUGAGAACUGGAACACUGUUUACAGAGACGUCGCCAGCUGGUACAUUCCUGACCAAAUCGAAGAUUACUCUCAAACUUUCUACUAAAGUCUCAGAGAGGCAAAUCGGAAAAGUGUUAUAAACGCAAAACAGGUCUUAAUAAUAUUUCCCAAGAGCUAUGAAUGAUGCCAAGAUUGAUAACGAAGAAAAAAAAAAAAAAAACACUAAGCAGAAGAAAAAUGUUUUCUUUUCAAAUGAGGCUA